AUGAGUUUUGAAGUGAUGACCUCAACGAUCGAAGUCACAGAAAGUCUUGAUACUAUAGGAAGUAAUCUUGAUAUAGCUAAAAGUACAUUUUGUGCUGUGGGUGCUGCUGGAGAAGCUGUAAGCCCUUUUGUGCCGUUGAUUGGUGCUGUAACUCUCGUGAUUUCAGAAAUUAUUAAAGUCUAUGAAACUGUCCAGUAUAAUAAGAAGAUUUGUGAUUCACUUAUGGAUCGUGUAAAUUCUGCUGAGGCAGCCAUCAAAACUUUAAAAAGAAGAAAAACCGAAAAUGAAAAAAAUUUUCGUAAUCAAGAAUAUUAUAAAUCAUUUAUUUGUUUUAUUGAAAUCAUGAAACGAAUUAAAAAAUUUAUCGUUGAUGUAUCGAACUUACACGGUUACCAAAAAUUCGUACGUUCCGGUUCAGUUAAAAGUAAAUUUGAUUCACUUGCUGAAGACUUUGAUAAAGUAAUGUCUGAAUUGCAUUUUACAAUGGCCGUUGCUAAUGAAGAACAAAGAAGAAUAGAUCAAAUUGCUCUCGAAUCUGAUAUUGCAGAUAUGACUAAGUUUUUGGAAAAAAUAGGUGAUGACAUAAUUGAUCAAAAUCAAAAAAUCAAUAUUGUUCUUCAUGAAGUGUCAUUAAUGAAAGAAAAAUUGGAUCAUUCAGAUAGUGAUCAAAAUAUUAAAGCAAAAAAAAUAAAAUCAACUGAAUUAAAUGAUCCUUUAAAGUCAAAACCAACGGAUCGUCGAGGGAAAAAUCGUCAGGUUAUCAAAAAAAUGUAUAGAAAUAUUGAGGUUGCCUGCAAGCCAAUAGAUCUUCAAAAUAGUGACCCUAAAGAGGCUGCAAAAAUUCAAGGACAUCUGGCUAUAUUAGGAAAAUUACGAGAAUCACUCAACAUUAUCAGAUUUUAUGGUCUUUCAUAUACAGAAAACUCAGACGUUAUGGUAUUUGAAUGGGCAGAUCGUGGCUCUCUCAGAGAAUUGUAUUGUCAGUAUGACAUUGCAUGGCAUGUAAAAGUACAAAUAGCUCUUGAUAUUUGUCGUGGCCUUACAUUUUUACAUUCUUGUGAUAUACUUCAUCAUGACAUUCGAUGUGAACAUAUUAUGAUGACUACACGCCUGGUACCAAAAAUUGCAAAAUUUAAGUAUUCCCGUAUGGCAACUGGUCCAACCACAGACAUGAAGGGUGUAACAGAUAUUAUGCGUUGGAUGGCUCCCGAAAAAUUGUAUUAUUCUACAUAUUCUAUAGAAUCUACAAAUUAUACAAAAAAACAUGUUCAUGUUCCUUACACUUUCAAAUGCGAGAUUUUCAGUUUUGGUAUGUUACUUUGGGAACUUGUUUUCGAAAAAAUUCCAUACGAAAAAUGGGAUAUAUUGAAGAUUAAAGAACAUGUAUUAGCUGGUAACAGAGAAAAAAUCACAUGGGAAAAGGCUUCACCAGAUGUUGAAAAACUUCAAAAAGGCUUGGCGAAAAUCAUUAUAUCUGCAUGGGAAGGCGACCCAGCAAUUCGAGCAUCUCUUCAAAAUAUUUUUAUGAAUUUGGAUCACCUAGUCGAUGAAUAUUGCACACCCGACAAAGAAUUUUCUUUUUCACUUUUACCUGAUAAGGAAUUAGAUUUAGAUGGAUCUUUAUCUCGUACAGUUUCUAUUAGUGAUGAAGGUAUUGCAGCACAUAAGAAAAAUGAACAUACAAAAGCUUGGGAAUGUUUUUCAGCGCAUGCAGAGUUAAAUAAUGCACUUGCAAAAUAUUGGAAAGGAUAUUAUUUGUGGGAAGGAGUUGAAGUUGAGAAAGAUCGUAAACAAGCUUGUGAAUUGUUUAAAGAAGCAGCUGAUGAUGAAAUCCCGGAUGCUCAAUUAUCUGCAAAUAAUAAUAAUGCCACUGCACAAUUUAAAUUGAGAGAGAUGUAUUUGAAUGGUAAACUUGGGGAAAAGGAUGAACAUUAG